UUUUGUGUUCUUUUUCAUUUCUAAAGAAAUAUUUAGUCAUUAAGGAAUGAGAAUAUGACGACACCUCGACCAACACAUCUUCACAGAAGAUCAUCCUCAAAAUGGGUUCCUCCAUCUGCACCACUUCAUAAUCCUAUUUCUAUUUUUCGAGGACGAAGUAACAGAGAAACUGGAUCUCGAGUGAUUCGUCCCAAUCAUCUAUUCGAAUCACCUCGUUACGAACUAAACAACUACCGAGACUUCACUGACAAUCGAAUUUCAACAACUAAAUACACAUUUUGGAACUUCAUUCCACUCAAUAUUUGGCAUCAAGUGUCCACAAAAUACGCAAAUCUAUAUUUUAUAUUUAUUGCAAUACUCAAUUGGGUACCAUUUUUUGAUGCUUACACAAGAUAUGUUGGAUUAAUACCAAUUUGUUUUGUAUUGGGAACAACUUUGAUCAAAGACGGAAUUGAAGAUUAUCGAAGAUAUAAGUUUGAUAAUCAGAUUAAUAAGAAAACAUGUCAUGUGUGGGAUCGAGAUAGAUGUGCAUUUCGAAAAACUGAAUGGAGAUAUAUAUUAGUUGGCGAUUUUGUACAUAUUUCAAAUAAUCAAGAUGUGCCAGCUGAUAUCAUUUUAUUACGUUCAUCAAGUGAAAGUGGAACAUGUUAUAUUGAAACAUGUAACUUAGAUGGUGAAACAUCAUUGAAACAAAGAAUGGUUCCUGCAAAAGUGAUUGAUUAUUCAAAGAAAGACUCUACCUUCAAGCCACCAGAUUUCACAGGAGUUGUGACAUGUGAGAAGCCAGAUAAAAGUAUUUACACAAUUAGAGCGAAAGUGGAAUUUGAACCAGGCCAAUCUGACGUCAUUAUCAAAGAAAACAUGCUUCUUCGGGGUUCCCGUAUCAAAAACACAACGUUUGUUGAGGGAAUUGUGGUUUAUGCAGGUCACGAUACAAAAGUGAUGCAGAACAAUGGACGAGCUCCACACAAAACAUCUGGAAUUGAAAAACUGACAAACAAAUUUAUAAUUGCUUGUUUCAUAAUGCUUCUCCUUAUGGUAUUGUAUGGCGCUAUCACUUCAGCAGUUUGGGUUGGACAACAUCCAGUUGAUGAACAGAUUCCAUUCAUUCUCUCAAACACACCGAGACCGUUCAUAGAGGGGUUCAUUGGCAUAGGUGCAUUCUUUAUCAACUAUCAACUUCUUGUGCCAAUUUCACUGUAUAUUACUGUAGAAAUUAUCAAAGCACUUCAAAUCUACUUUAUCAGCAAUGAUAUUCAGUUAUAUGAUCAGAAAUCGGAUAGAGCGAUUGAUUGUCGUUCUUUGAGUAUUCCCGAAGAACUUGGAACAGUCACACAUGUUCUUUCAGACAAAACAGGAACACUUACUGAAAAUAUGAUGAUAUUCAGAAAUUGUGCAUUCGAUGAAACAGAUUACGGUAGCAAUGGUUCUCAAUCGAAUCCUGACAAACCAGUGAAAUCUGAUGAACUCUAUCAAAGAAUAUUGACAUCUAUGCAAAACCCAGUACAGAAGCAUUUCUUUGCAAACAUUCUUCUGAAUAAUUCAGUUGUUGUAAACCAUAUACCACAUACAGACGUUCUAGAGUUGGGAAAUUUUGAUGGAGGAGUGUACAAUAUUGGAAACUCAUGUUUCUAUGAUGUAACUGAAGAGAAGUAUAAGCAGAAGUUGGCUGCUAUUGGGAAGGGUGGUGUGGAUGACGAUGAUGUUUCAAGACCAGACGAAUUGGGACUUCCAACAACAUCAAUCCAAUUUGAUGACCGACUAACUGUAAUUGUGGAAGAAGACACACCAUCAGACUCACCAGCGCCUGAUGCAUCUCCUAGAGAUCUUCCUGAAACUCCAACUCCAACUUCUCCAAUUUAUCGACCACUUUCAUCAUUGUCUUCUUUUUCAAGAAAAUUGUCCACAGUUGUGAGAAGAAGUAUUUUAAGACCUAUAUCAGACAUAAUACCUGUGAGAAAACGAUUAAUCUCAUUCAAACAGCAGGCUAUGAAUCCAUACGAAGCUGAAAGUCCAGAUGAGUUGGCUUUAAUUGAAGGAGCUGCUCUUUAUGACUAUGUUCUUCUGGAAAGAGCAGCAACAAGUGUUACAAUUUCAACUCCAGAAAAAGCUGAGAAAAGAUAUGAAAUUCUAUUAACACUUCCUUUUGAUGCAACAAGAAAACGAAUGUCAGUAAUUGUAAAUUCUCAAAAAGGACCAUUGAUGUACUGUAAAGGUGCAGAUUCAGCUAUAAUUUCAAGGUUAUCAUCAGAUUCUCUGGAAAGUAAAAGAGUUCAAGAUUUGAAAGAUCAUCUGGACAAUUACGCAAAGAAAGGUCUAAGAACGUUGUGUUUUGCAAUGAAGUAUAUUUCAAAAGAAGACUUCGAAGAUUUUCUAGAUUCUUAUAGAUUUCUAAUGGAAGAUGCAACAAGUGAACGUGAGAAGAUGUUAUCUGAAAAAGCAGAUGAACUUGAAACAAAUCUGAAAUUAUCUGGAGUGACUGGAAUUGAAGAUAGAUUGCAAGAUGGUGUUCCAGAUACUCUUCGUGCAUUGAGAGAUGCUGGAAUUCAAGUAUGGGUUCUAACUGGAGAUAAAUUGGAAACUGCCCAGAAUAUUGCUACGUCCAGUGGCCUUUUUCAUCCACAAAGAUCAUUAAAAGUGAUAGAAACUGAAACCGAUGCUGAAGAAGCUAGUGAAUCAGCUGGAUUAAACAUAAUAAUGUCCCCAGCUGCAAUUCGAUUAGCACAGGAUGGGAAUGCUCAUCUUAUGGAAGCUUUAAAAAAAGCCAAAACAGUAUUGUGUUAUCGGAUGACACCUUCUGAAAAAGCGACAAUUGUGAACACUGUAAAGAAGAGAAUUAAAGGAAAUGUUCUAGCAAUUGGCGACGGAGCCAACGACGUUCCAAUGAUUCAGGCGGCUCAUGUCGGAAUUGGAAUCGCUGGAAAAGAAGGAUUACAGGCGGCCAUGGCUUGUGAUUUUGCUAUUGCAAGGUUCAAAUUUUUAUCCAGAUUAUUACUGGUUCACGGACACUGGAGUUAUUAUAGAUUAGCAAACACUUUUCUAUAUUUUCUGUACAAAAAUGCGAAUGCUGUGUUCAUAAUUUUCUAUUACCAAUUUUAUAACGGAGCAUCUGGAACAAAUAUAGUUGAUCCAAUAUGGGGAGUCAUUUAUCCAAUUAUUUUCACAAGUGUUCAGCCUGUAGUUGUUGGAGUCUUAGAUCAAGAUUAUGAUGAUCAAACAUUAAUGAAUAAGCCAGAACUUUAUGUGAUUGGAAGGGAAAACCAACUGUACACGUGGAAACAUUUCUUUCGAGAUGUCAUUGAUGGUAUCUACCAAGCUGCAGUUAUUUAUUAUGUUGCAUAUCUGACUCUGGACAACUCUACGUCAAGCCUUUGGGAAAUGGGAUUUUACAUUGCAACUAGCUCAAUUCUUGUCAAUUCUGGUCAUCUAGCUCUACAAGUUCGCUAUUGGCAUUGGCAACUUGUUGCACUAUUCUCAUUUUUCAUACUUUUUAAUUUUGCAUUUUUCUUUGCCGAAUGUCUUACUGCGGCAGCUGCAAUGGUUCCUGAUCCACCAGUUUGGAUGCCAAUACAUGCAAUGGGAGAUCCUAGAUUUUGGUAUUAUCAAUUUAUUACGGUUAUUGUGGCAUUAUGCCCAAGAUUUACAUCAAUGUGUCUAAUGUCUUCUUUGAAAUCUGAAACAUCAAAAAGAUAAUUCCAUUUUCUUCGAAGCAUUUUUUAUUUUUUGUACAAAUAGUCUCAUAAAUUGAUCUGAUACACACAAACGGGUACUAUCUCUUCUCAAUAAAUCAAACAUUCUCUGGUAACCCGAAAGAUUUCACAGCUCGAUAACGUCGGUGAGUUGUUUUUUGAGUAGCAACCAGACAUAACUAGAUUUCAAUAUAGUAGUUGCAGUACUUCUUCAAACAUUCCCCUAUCUGUGUACACAACCGUACCACUUUACCCUCUAUCGUCCAAGUCUCUUCAACACAUUGCACUAUCUUGACGCGCGUCUUCGUCAGCUGAUCAUCAUCAAGUUCGUCUUUCUCCAUGAGCUUUCCGCAUCCUUCUCCCCCGCGUUUCCGCUCUCCACCUGUCUAUUUUGUGUUAUUUUUCACGAAUUACUACACCGUUUUGAUGAAAUUUCAACGUCUGCUUCUCUGCGAGAAGAGGCGAAAAUCGAAACGGCGAUUUUGUAAACAUUCAUGUUUGUGUCGGGCGCCAGUCCUGGUGCCUCUCUGUUUUUGGUUUUCAAUUUCUUUCUCACGCGACCCCAUUUUUCAUUUAAUGUCAUUUUCUCAUUACUGGUAUGGUCUGUAUCGUAGCGAGUGACACCUGGCAGUUGCAAGCUUAAAAGUGAAGGCACGUCUUGUGAAACUAUUUCGAAAUAAAAUAAGAAUCAAAUGUUUCCAAUGGAUUUCUUUUCGAAAAUCGUGUUAUUUUUUUUCGACCAUGAGAAAAAGUAUAAUUUGUAGACAAUCGAUCGAAAAACAAAAUAUGGCUGAAUUAAAUUUCAUUGAAUUACAGUGUAUUUUAUUUUUUUUGUUCUACUAUAGUCGUCCAAGUCUCUUCAGCACAUUGCGUAGAUCACACGCAGAUGAGAACUUUUUUGCUCAUUCUCUUAUUUCUGAUGUAUUUUCGUAAAUUAAAUUUUGAUCUACACUAUUUUUUUCGCAGAUCCUCUCUAAAAUUAAUGGGCGCCAAAAACAAUUUUUAUUUGAUUUUCUUAAAGUGCCGCGGGUGUACUAAAACCAUCAUCGCUUGUUUAACACUUUUUUUUUUGAAAUUUGACCUUUCUAAAAAGUUGUCUUGAAUCAAAGCGCGUUUAUCUAAAAAAAAUGUACACUGUCCUUGGUGGUGACGGUCACUGGCCAUAGUAUUGUCGAUACUGCCCCGUCGCAACUGCUUUUUGUAUGUCUUUUGUUUUGCUUCGUUUUCCCGUCUGUAAAAAUACAAUCGCCGAACAUUGCUACCACUAGCGACCACCUGACCAUCCUAAAAAGUGUCACUGUUUGUUUCAUUUCCGUGUCUCUUCCCGCUACACACUCUUUUCUUGCUCCUGAUCACUGAUAAAAGCUAAAAUGUUUUUUCCAGGCAGAAUCAUGUUCGAACUGGCUUUCAUCGCUGUUCUCGUCGCAGGUGCGGUCUAUGUUUUUAUGACCCUUCGCAAAAAUGGAUUUUUCGUCACCGUUGAGCCAUCUGUCACCACUUCACCAAAAAAUCUCGACAAACCGUUGACAGUCUACUACAAAUAUCAUUUGGGACCAUAUCAAAAUGUGAUGAAUGUGAUCGGCGAGGCAAAACAACUGUUGGCAUCCAGCCCAACACCUGCAACGUUCUUCGGCAUCUAUUACGAUAACCCAGAAGUCACCGAUUCCCACUUCCUCCAAUCUGCUGUUGGAGUCGUUUUUGGAUCAGAUGGAAAUGAUUUCCACAGUGAAAAAUAUUCGAAAGAUUUGACUGACAAUGGCUUUGAGAAGUUGGUUCUGCCAAAUGUCGAGAGAGCCGUUCAAGUUACUCAGCCAUCCACUGGUGGAUUCGCCUCUUUCUUGGCUCUUGUUUGGUUCACCUAUUCAACCAUCAGAAAGUAUAUUUCCGUAAGUAAUACAUUUUAGGAUCGACUCUCAAAAUAUAGAAACAUUUCCUUUCGUUGUUUAUCAAAAUUUAUAAUAUUCUGAAGUUAGAUGCACUCAGAUUUUAUGAGCUAUUUUGUAAAAACAUAAAUACCUUUACAGGAAAACAAACUUGAAACAACUUACGCCGUCGAGUUCUACACCAACACCGAAAUCAAUGUCAUUUUCCCAUUGGACAACGCCAACGAGUUUCUCGUGAAAGAUGUACAUUUCCUUUAAUCUGGAUAUCUGAUUGACUAAUUCAAAUCUUAUUACAGUACCAAUCGAUCGACAAGCUUGAGAGUGAAGCCGCCAAGAAAAGAUUUGACUCAUCCGAGGAGGACAGCGAGAGUGAGCCAGAAGGAGCUGAGGAGCCAGCCACAGAGGAAAAUGAACAAUAAGAGCUUCAUUCAAACGACCAUCACACUGCCUUUCCAUUCUGAUUAUGUGUACUAUACCAUAACCCUUUUGUAAACAUUUUUGACGAUAAAUUUGAU